CCCGAUCAGUGCCAAAUGGGUUUCCCGAGGAGAGCGGGGGGAUUAACCAGAGAACCAUAAAUUGUUAGAGCUGUUAGAGCUACCGGGGUUUCUCUAACCACCCCUGCUAUUUGAGGACUUCAGGCACGGGCUCAAUUUGUUCAUGCGAGGGCUUUGGACCUCUAUUCGCUGGCAGUUUUGCGCACGGCGAUUUUCGACUCGUUCGCCCACCAUGACUCGAACAUAUGAAGCUGCGAUAGCAUCUCUCAACUCAUUGCAGACUAAUUAUGCGAUUGUGGAGGCGUUCAAGAAGUCCACAACGAGGCAGGAGAUUAACGAGCUAUCUCUCCCGGAGACAGUGGAGUGGUUACAGCGCAUUGGAUACAAGCCUUCCGACCUCAACCGGCUGAACGCAAUUCAUGUCGCCGGCACGAAAGGCAAGGGCUCGACCUCCGCAUUCAUCUCCACCAUCCUCUCCCAAUAUACCCGAAGAGAUGCGGAUCAACCUGGAUCCAAUCUUAAGAUCGGUCUCUACACCUCCCCGCACCUUCGGUUCGCACGUGAGCGCAUAAAGAUCGACAAUGCCCCAUUGUCCGAAGAGCAGUUUGCGCGCUAUUUCUUCGAAGUAUGGGAUCGUCUUGAGCAGUCUGCUAAACUGGCAGGCCAGGACCCCACCGGGCCUGGGACGAAGCCACAAUAUUUCCGGUACUUGACCGUGAUGGCAUUCCAUACCUACCUGAGCGAGGGCGUGGACGCCGCGGUGAUCGAAUGUGGAAUCGGUGGUCAAUAUGACUGUACUAACGUGAUCCCACAGCCAAAGGUGACAGCGAUCAGUAGUCUUGGCAUUGAUCACGUUGAUCUGCUUGGACAUACGAUUGAGGAAAUCGCGUGGCACAAGGGUGGCAUUCUCAAGCGUGGCGUAAAUGGGUUCGCGGCACCACAACCCCUGGGUGCGGAACAAGUCUUGGCUAAACGCGCCGAGGAGGCUGGCGCUCAGCUGGAAAUCGUGGCUGGCCAUCCUGAGCUUCGUCCUGAGAGCAGCAAGAUCACCCUUGGGUUGGCUGGAGACUUCCAGUACACCAACGCCUCGGUGGCAGUGGCAGUUGCCGCGGACUUCUUGCGCCAGGUUGGCAUCGAAGUUCCGGACAAUAUCAUGAAAGGACCACUUCCGGCGAAGUUCAAGACCGGGCUUGAGGAAACUCGCCUAGGUGGCAGGUGUGAGACCCGAUUUGAGAAGAAUGUCUCCUGGUAUAUCGAUGGCGGGCACACUUUGGAGAGCAUCCGGCUGGCUGGCCAGUGGUUUGCGUCGCGGAUCCAAGCCGACUCAUCGUCCGAGGAUGUAGCCGCAAAGAAGACACGAAUUUUGAUUUUCAACCAACAGACUCGUAACAGCACAGCUCUUGCUCGUGCUCUCCAUGAGACUCUCGCGUCUGCCCUUGGAUACGAUACUCCAUUCACUCAUGCCCUAUUCUGCACGAAUAUCACCUACAAACAGGCGGGCUUCCGACCCGACUUGGUCAGUAUGAACACCAACGCUGACGACCUUGAACUCCUUCGUGUCCAAAAAUCUCUUGCGGUGGAGUGGAAUGCUAUUGAUCCUCACGCUCAAACACAUGUUUUUGGUACAAUUGAGGAGGCUGUUGAUUUUGCGCGGGAAGUUGCAGGUCAGGAACGCAAGGUCCUGCAGAAGGACGAAGCUCCGGUCAUGACUUUUGUCACUGGCAGCAUCCAUUUGGUUGGAGGAUUCCUCGAUGUCGUCGAGACAAAGCCGCCUACUGAUGCGUGAUUCCCCGAUUUUUGGUAGCCUGGAGCUCCAAUGACUCUUGCAUUCUUGUAUCAACACUUGAGAUAUGCUUUCGGCUUAGCAUAGAACGGACAUAGAGGUGUUUUUGCUUGGAUUUCAACAAUUCUUUGAUUCUCAAUAUAGUUUCUAUAGUUUUUCAAUUUAAA